GCAGUGUAUUCGUUUCACUCGGGUUGCUUGGUGGGGCCAUUUCGCGCGUAAGUGUUCCUUUCUAUUCGGCGCCCAGCAGCUGCCCGCGUUAUAUAAUGCCCGCCAAUGGAAGUCGGCUUCGUCCCCAACUCCUGCUGGUCUUCCCUGCUCUCCUCCUCCUCCUCCUGCUGCUGCGUCUUCUCAGCGGGAGAGAGGAAGAGAAGAACGACUCAGAAUUAUAGGCCUUUUCCUCUUCCUCGCUUAUUCUCCUCGUGGUUGAGUUCCAGAAACUCCCUAAUUGCCUCCUGUACUGCGUACAAACACCUGCUUUGGAUACAGAGGAGAGAGAGAGAACCGAAGAGAUGAUGAGGAAGCAGAGUGUGAUAGUGCCGGAAGAGUUAGCAGUCACGACGGUGAUGGCAGUAGUGGCGGACCCAGCAGCACAUCGCUCCGCCUUGCUGCCGCCUCGCUCCUCCGCGCUCGGCGUUCGUUGCGCCAGGUACAAGAGGUUCCUGAGCCAGCUCGACAUGGGCAGCGGCGGCGGGGGCGGAGCGAGGAUCAGUGCGUGGGUCGACUCCAUGCGGGCAUCCUCACCUACUCAUGUCAAGGCCGCCGCCAUGCUCUCGGCCUCCUUCGCGGCCUCCCACGACGAAGACUACAACAACUGGGCGAAACAGCAUCCUUCGGCGUUGAGCGUCUUCGAAGACAUCGUCGCAGCAUCGAAGGGGAAGCAGAUCGUGGUGUUCCUCGAUUACGACGGGACACUGUCUCCGAUCGUGGACGACCCCGACCGUGCCUUCAUAUCCAACGCAAUGAGGGAGACGGUAAGGGACGUAGCAAGGCAUUUCCCAACUGCGAUUGUGAGUGGAAGACGCAGAGACAAGGUGUUCAGCUUCGUACGAUUAAGGGAGCUGUACUAUGCUGGAAGCCACGGCAUGGACAUCAAAGGCCCUACUAAGAGAACCAAACAUACAAAAGCCAAGACGAAAGCUGUUCUAUUUCAGCCAGCCACUGAGUUCCUCCCCAUGAUAGAUGAGGUCUACAAGGCAUUAAUGGAGAAAACAAAGCUCAUCCAGGGAUCCAGAGUAGAGAACAACAUAUUCACCUUAUCGGUUCACUUUCGAUGUGUCGAUGAAAAGAUAUGGAGCUCAUUAGCUGAGCUUGUAAGGUCAGUACUCAAGGACUAUCCCAAGCUCCGCCUCACCAUGGGAAGGAAGGUGUUGGAGAUCCGGCCUAGUAUCAAGUGGGACAAGGGGAAGGCUCUCGAGUUCAUGUUGGAGUCUCUUGGUGAGCUUGAGCAAGAUCUGAUUCACUCCCUCUCUUCACCAACCUUCAAAACUCGAUCAGUUAUUCUUCUUUCACGUACAGGAUUGGCAGACUCUGGCAAUGUGUUCCCUGUGUACAUAGGAGAUGAUCGCACCGAUGAAGAUGCCUUCAAGGUUUUGCAUGGUAGAAGGCAGGGUUUGGGAAUACUUGUAUCGGAGGUCAUCAGGGAAACAAGUGCACGUUGCUCUCUCAGGCAACCUGCGGAGGUGAGCAUCGGCUCCAUGUCUGCACAAGCUUUUCUGCCAUGGAUGCUGGGAUUGCUAGCUGACACCAUUUACAGGUUCAGAAGUUCUUGCGUCGACUCGUGGAGUGGAAGCGAAGCGCCUCCCUUCCUCGAAGAACUGAAGCAAGGAAGAAGUGAGAUGAGACUGAAGCCCUCUAUCCCAUGAAAGCUUUGAGCGUAGUACUACAUCAUCCUCUGAGAAUGAUGUCAAGAAGACAUCUAAAACUGGUCUUCUUGCAAAGGAUUGUAAUUACUGAUAGUGUUCAAGAAUAAUACGCAGUGGUCUACGUUU